AUGGGCGUUACUGUCUACCAGGAGCUAUGGUACUCUGCCUCACAAGCAUUCCGCUUGUUGAUCCCAGAACCCAAAGCCCGCGUGCCAAUAACUUGGAAGACAAUACCCCGCACAUUCAUCUACUUCAUACCCUUUGUUUUCCUAGCAUACCUUGCGCGCAGACCGGACACAUAUCUUAUACGAGUGCUAAUUCUACCCUCUCUUGUCUCGCUCGCUCUGCAUUGUUCUUUUGGGUACAUAUGGACGGAUCCUAGGCUGAAUGUGUACAAUUGGGGCUCAGCCCUGUGCGCUUUUGUCGUCAUCGCGAAAAGCAUAGACAUUUCCCUCACAGCGAAUGGCCGUUUCAAACAGGGAGAACGGACUCUUGGAUCCAUGCGCGAGCCCGCCGUCGCUGCCAAAGCAGAUAGCGACGCCUCCGCAGACGCGUCGGCACGUCACCGCCCGGGCAACAGCUUCCUACCCGUCUGGCUCGAAGACGCGCUGGAGCUCAUAUUUUCCAUUCGUGGGCUUGGUUGGGACUUUGGCCGCGGCGUACACGUACCCUCGCAUAUUCGCCCUACCGAGCGUGGACCUUUCCUCCGCGCGGCCGCACGCUCGUUCAUCACAAACUUCCUCAUGCUCGACUUGCUCGAAGCACUUUUCAAACUCAUACCCGGUGUCGGCAGCGUUCUCGGCGGGAGCAUCUUCGUCUCGUCUUUUCCUCCCCUCCAGCGCUACGCUUUUUCUACCUUCAUACACUUUAUGACGGGCUGCGCCCUCCUCGCUGGGUUCAACAUGGUUUAUGACCUGCUCACGCUCCUCGCAGUCGUCCUCCUCGGGCAUUCGCCAACUGCGUGGCCGCCGAUUAUGGACAACCCUUGGAUAUCCAACUCCCUGCACGAGUUUUGGGCGAAGCGUUGGCAUCAGACCCUACGCCAGACGUUCCUCGUGUUCGGAGGGAUCCCUGGGCGCGCGAUCGCAGGGGACCUCGGACUUAUCUUCGGCACAUUCCUCGCGUCGGGGCUGUACCAUGAAUGCUCGAUCUACGCUAUGGGCAGGGGAUGGGAUUCCAGGGUUCCCUUCUUUUUUUUGUUGCAGGCUCUGGCUCUGGUGGGCGAGAGAGUGUGGAGGAAAGUGACAGGCAGACGGGUAGGCGGCUUCUUUGGGCGCCUGUGGGUUUAUUUUGAUGUUAUCGUCCUGGGACAGCCACUUGUCGAUGCAUGGCACCGGCGGGGGCUCGCCGGGGCGAUGAUCAUUCCUCCUCCCAUAAGCCCGGCGCGCCUUUUAUUACUGCCUGCAAUCCGAUCUUUGACCGGCUGGCAGCUGUAAUCAUGUACGAUUUAAAUAUCACUAACAUCUUGAGCUCCUAAAGGCGUGUAUUAUACAUACAAAGAAUUUCAUGCAGUCACUACUC